UGGUCCUGCCCCAUUUCCAUCUCCGCUCCGCCGCCUUCGUCUUUCUGCUCUGUUUUCCGAGGAUUUCAUGAUAAACCAAUAUUUUUUAGAUUAUCCCAGAAGUACGCGUUUAUUUCGCUCUCGGAUUUAGCGGCGAUGGCGAAGAAAAGGCGUGUUUUCUUGAGAUAAAGUUUUCCUGGAUGUGAAUAAUUUAAAUUUACGGACAAAAUGAGGUGACAGGCUGUGCGGUGUGGACCUGAAGAGGACUUAUGGCAAGGAUCACUCUGUCGUGUGUGCCGGCCUCCUGGUACUGCUCUGUGUCCCUGCUGUCUCUGGGCUGUGUUCCCCGACAGAGGCUGGUGCUCCUGCUGCUGCUCUGCUCCACUCUGCUGCUCCUGCUGCUGUGGAGCCCCCCCAGAAGAGCCAACGCUCAGCCAAACAAAUAUCUGUCCGUGGCCGAGUCUCUGGAAGUGACCGACGUGGAGAAUCCGUCCCUGAACUACGGAGUGGUCGUGGACUGCGGCAGCAGCGGCUCCAGAGUCUUCGUUUAUUACUGGCCUCCGCACAACGGAAACCCGCACACUCUCCUCGACAUCCGACAGAUGAGGGACAAGGAGAGGAAGCCCGUCGUGCUCAAGAUCAAACCCGGGAUCUCGACUCUGGCCAAGACUCCGACUGCGGCCAGCGACUACCUGCAGCCGCUGCUGAGCUUUGCCGCCGCACACGUCCCCAGAAACAAACACAAAGAGACGCCGCUGUACAUCCUGUGCACGGCGGGCAUGAGGCUGCUGCCAGACAGUGAACAGGCGGCCAUCUUGGAGGACAUCGUGAGCGACGUUCCUCUGGAGUUUGACUUCCUGUUUUCCGAGUCUCACGCUGAGGUCAUCUCCGGGAAACAGGAAGGAGUGUACGCCUGGAUCGGUAUCAACUUUGUUCUGGGUCGAUUUGAUCACGCGGAACUGGACGACGCCACGGUGGAGGUCACGACGAGUUCGCAGAGCCGUCAGCCAAUCAGCAGGCGGCGCACGGUGGGCAUCAUGGACAUGGGCGGAGCUUCGCUGCAGAUCGCCUACGAGGUGCCCGGGGUCAUUCACUUCAGCUCGCCACAAGAGGAGGAGGCGGGGAAGGGUGUGCUGGCUGAGUUUAACCUGGGCUGUGAUGUGGAGCACACGGAGCACGUCUACAGAGUCUACGUCACCACCUUCCUGGGCUUUGGAGGAAACAUGGCGCGACAGAGAUACGAGGAUCAUCUGUUCAACAGCACCGUGAGCAGCAGUGUGCGUUCGCAGUCGGCUCCGGGCCUGUCUCCAGACCAGCCCCUCUUCGACCCCUGCUUGCCCGUGGGGUUGUCAGACUCCGUGGUGAGGGGGAAUCGAACCCUCCACCUCCGGGGCCAGGGCGAGUGGUCCCGCUGUCAGGAGGUGGUCCGGCCUUUUCUGGGUUUGCACAACGGCACAAUGUCACCCGGAGGAGUUUACCAGGCUCCUAUAAACUUCAGUAACAGUGAGUUCUACGGUUUCUCUGAGUUUUUUUACUGUAUGGAGGACGUGCUGCGGAUACGAGGAACCUACGACAGCCACAAAUACUCCCGCGCCGCAUCCGAUUACUGCGCCACCCAGUGGUCCAUCCUGAAACAACGACUGGACAACAAGCUCUUCUCACAACAGGCCGACCUCAACAGACUCAAGUUCCAGUGUUUUAAGUCGGCCUGGAUGUUUGAGGUUCUUCACUCAGGGUUUCGUUUCCCGUUGUCUUACUCCAGUCUGAAAACGGCUCAGCUCGUCCAGGACAAAGAAGUGCAAUGGACUCUGGGCGCCAUUCUCUACAAGACACGCUUCCUCCCUCUCAGGGACCUGCAGCAGGAGUCUUUGCGUCCGAACCCAAACUCGAGUUGGCUUCGCUCGUCCUUCGUCUAUAAUCACCACGUUCUGUCCGUGUGCAUCCUGGUGGUGGCGCUGUCCAUCCUCCUCUACGUGCUCAGACUGCGCCGCAUCCACCAGAGAGAGCAGAGGCAGAACGAAGUCCUAGACCUGCUCUGGGUCGAGGAGGGGGAGGCCCUACUGCCCUGAGACCGAGACCGGGACCGAGACCAAGACCGGGACCGAGACCAAGACCAGGACCAGGACCAGGACCAAGAUCAAGACCAAAACUACGACCAGAACAAAACCACGAUCAGGACCGAGACCAGAGAGAGCAGAGGCAGAACGAAGUCUUAGACCUGCUCUGGACCGAGGAGGGAAAGGCCCUAGUACCCUGAGACCGAGACCGAGACCAGGACCAAGACCAGGACCAAGAUCAAGAC